CGAACUGGUUACUAUCCCAGACAAGUCGGGAACUCUCCGCCGAUCGCACGCACGCUCCUUAAGCUCUCCCGAAGGAAGAGAAUAUCCACACACACAACUGUCUGCUCAUCGGUAUCCAUACGCAGUCCUGCAUCCACAACGUCUAUUUUUGUCAGACGGUGAUUGCACACGCAACAGUGAGUUGACCAGUGAGUUACACAAGGCUCGUGAUGUGAAGUGUUUCAUGUUGAUUCUUCUUGUAGAACCAACCAUCAUUUUUACAUUUUAAAAAGGACUUGAUUUCAACCGACUGUGCGUUCAAGUGUUGACCGUUAAACAAAGUUAACCCCUUUCCCCAUAUUUCCCCCCCUGCGCACGUCUUACGUCAUCAUUUUGUAACGCAGUCAGCUGUCUGCGAGUUAAAAAAAGAACAAACAAAAAAUAAAAUAAAAUGGAAGAGUCGAGUAUCGUUGAGUUUUAUAACGGUAAAACGGUGUUCAUCACCGGUGCGACGGGAUUCAUGGGCAAAGUGCUCGUCGAGAAGCUGUUGCGCUCGUGUCCCGGUGUUGACCAACUCUACUUGCUCAUGAGGCCGUCCAAGGGCAAGGACGUCAGUUCCCGCCUCAAAGAAUUCAUUGAAAACCAGGUUUUUGAAAGUCUACGGAACGAACAUCCGGAACAGAUGAACAAGAUCGUUGCCGUGGCCGGUGAUGUCACAUUUCCUGGUUUCGGUCUUUCACCCGAAGAUUUGCAGCUCAUUCACGACAACGUAUCGGUCGUCUUCAAUUCAGCCGCCACCGUCAAAUUUGACGAAGAACUUAAAACGGCCGUUCAGCUCAACGUCAAAGGUCCACGUGAAUUGCUGGCUAUUUGUCGCAAAAUGAAAAAGCUACAGGCGGUCGUUCAUGUCUCAACGGCGUUCAACAAUCUCGACCGCGAGGAACUGGACGAAGUGAUUUAUCCCGCCCCGAUCGACCCGAUCAAAUUGAUUGAACUGAUUGACUGUUUGGAUGAUGGACUCGUCCGAGCGAUCACAAAAGAGUUGGUCGGCCAGUGUCCCAACACUUAUACUUACACUAAAGCACUUGCCGAACAGCUUCUAGAGAGGGAAUGCGGUGACAUUCCGCUGGCAAUCGUCCGUCCAUCGAUCGUCACAGCAGCCGAGCAUGAGCCUCUUCCGGGCUGGGUCGACAAUCUGAACGGACCAACAGGCUUCGUCUCUGGAGUUGGCAAAGGUUUCAUCCGCACUUUCAAAAUCAACUCACAACUCGUUGGCGACAUCGUUCCCGUCGACUACCCCAUUAAUCUUAUGAUUGCCGUCGGUUGGCAUACGGCCAUUCAAAAUCGGCGUAUGACUAAGGUCGAAGGGAUCCCCAAGAAGAUCGAAGUCUACAAUUGCUCAACUGGACAGAAAAACCCGCUGACUUGGGAGAGGUUUCGAUCCAUCGGCUUCAACUAUUGGCUGCAGAACCCGACAGUUGAAAUGAUGUGGUAUCCCAACUGCAGUUUCACCAAAAACAAAGCGGUGCACAAGAUCGAUCAGGCGAUAUCCCACUAUCUGCCCGCCUACGCUUUAGAUCUUGUGGCUCGUCUAACCGGCAAGCGCGUCAAAUGGGUGCGGCUGUAUGAUCGUGCUCAUCACGCUAUUUCCUGUCUGGAUUUCUUCAUGACUCACCAGUGGCGAUUCGUGAGCGAGAACCCGAUCCGUCUCCUCGACUACCUUUCGGAGGCUGACCGAAACAUCUUCUAUUUCGACGUUCGCCAGAUCAAUUGGAAUACCUACAUAGGGACCUAUGUUGCCGGGGCUCGGCGUUACAUUUUAAAAGACGAUCCUAGCACAUUGCCAGCCGCCAGGAGAAACCUGAAAAAGUUGUACAUGGCGAAGAUGCUGCUCCGUCUGAUAAUGCUGAGCAUCUUCUUUUUAGUCAUGUCGUACCUGUGGCAGCAAGUGUCUUCUUGGGGAACCAGCAACCCCAGCGAGUAUUUCACCAGCGAUAACAUCACCUUUCUGCAUCUGCAGAGCGAAGUGGAGAAGGAAACGGGCAAUCAAGCCAUCAAUCCUUAUCUUACCAGUGGAAUGAAGUCCUAGUUAUCUAUACCCUAUUUGAUUUAUAUUUUUUUUGUUUGGGAACAUUUUUCUUUUUGAGGCUUGAUUUCGUACUACUUUGGCGUCUUUCCAUCGAAAGAAAUCUCGACAAAAGAGCACAUCAUUGUUACAUACUUUAUAUCCGAGAGAGUGUCACAGCGGCAGGUUCUUCCCUCUAGCGAAUUGAAUACGGAAACGGGAAACUUGACGUCAAAAGCGCUGUUUUUAUUUUUAUUUUUCAAGGACCGUCGACAUAGCCAGAGCCAGCUCUAGUAUCCCUGUGCAGACCACGUGACUCACCGUGCAAGAAUACCAAAAUUCAUAGAGUCGUAACUCGUAAAAGGGAACAAGAAAUACUUUUUGAAAAAUAACACUUAACCACGGCUAAAGCUGAUAUGAACACCCGCUGUAUUAUUAUUAUUAUUAAUCUUUACUAUUCAUGUAGACUCGCUGAUUGUUUCUUUUUUUUCUGUAAGAAGACAUCCUACAAUACAAUAAUUUUUUUAUUA